CAAAUUGUCUAGAUGUUGUAGAAAUCUCAUUAACUUCGGAUUUCGGGAGGUUUCGGAGUUUAACCCAAAGUCGUAAAGAUUACUAGUUUUUUCCAAAGUCUGGUAAAACAUCGGGAAAACCUCAAAAUUUGCACAAGAGUUGUAGGGACAUGCUUAUCCGUGUAUUAGGCGAAAGAAAACUAGCAAUUAUUUUAAUCGAAGUCUGAUCACACAUUUCGUGUUUUAAGAUGUUUUAGUUCUUCCAGAGUUCUUGAUAGCAGUUGGCGACUCUGGUUCGCCUGCUUAUUGAAACAUUGCUUUUACUUGUGGGUGAUUUACUUCUUCCAGUUUCAAACUCACAGUCUUUUCAAUUCACUUAUCACUUAGUGUUACAGUAUGGUUCUAUUUUCACCACAUGUGAAUUGGUUCAAAAACAUUUUUAGGCGAUUUGUUUGUGUUUAUUUUAUAUUCAGAUUCCGUAUUCAUAUAUUGGUAAUUCAGCCAAGUUUUGACCAGAAAUCUUAUAAUUAAAAUCUUCACGUCGAAAUGGGUACAGACGGUUAUUCUGUUUUUGUGCUUCAUGAAGGACAUUAUGCAAGAUCCCCUGACUACGUAUAUCGAAAGUGUAAUACUGCACUAAUUCGUGGUCCAGCAGGUGCUUAUGUGGUGAACCCUGGGUCUGUUUGGAAUGGGCCUGAGUUGUUAUCAUCUCUCAAAGCUGCGGGUAUUCACGAACCUGAAAAGGAUAUCAAAGGUGUCAUAUGUACAGAUGGUCAUGCUGAACAUGUUGGUUGUAUGAGUACAUUCGGCUGUGCUGAAAUAAUGAUUGUUGGAUACGAUAUACAAAUGCGAGGCGACAAGUUUUUGGAGCACGAUUUUUCCUGUGGAAUAACACCGUAUGAAUUUGAUGAGAAUUUUUGUGUUAUCGGAACUCCUGGUCAGAGAGGUCCACAAGUCAGUUUGAUAGUAAAUGGUCGUCUUAUAGAGUUGAAGACUGGUGAGUGUCGUGAAUCAUGUCGUAUAGCUGUUACUGGGAACUUGUUUAUGGAUGUUCAAGAUGCUAGUCGUGUAAGCUUUCUUGACACGCUGGAAGGGAAUUAUGGAGAAAGUAACUGUGACAAAGAAAAUUUGAUCAACGGUUGGCGUCAAAGCCGUAUGUCUAUUUUAGAGCGAGCUGAUUGGGUAGUCCCUGCUUAUGGUCCUCCCUUCAAGGUUAAACCGGAAUAUUCUUCAACACCAUGCGCUAAUAGAUUACGUCAACAUUUCACUCAUCAAUUUUCGUGUAGUUUAAAGAAACCUAUACCUAAUUUAUAUUCAAGAUAUCUAUAUCAGUACAAAUUAAAAAAACAAAAUAAACUAUUAACCGCUGCAGCUAUUGAUGCAUGUAAUUUAAAACCUGGUGAUGAUGUAUUAGAAAUUGGAUUUGGACAAGGUUAUGGUAUUAGAUUAGCUGCUGAAUGCGUUGCUCCUGUUACAAUUAACCAUUGGAAAUCUUCACGAAUUAAAUUUAUACUAGAAAAUGCUUUUUCAACAUCAACUAUUAAAUCCAAUACAUUUAAAAAUGAUGGUCAUGUUUAUGGUGUUGAAAUUUCUGAAUAUAUGCUACAAAAAGCAAAAAGGAAACUAUGGCCUCUUACUAAAACUGAUUGCAUUGACUUACAAUUAAGAAGUGUAGAUCAUCUGCAUUAUCCACCUUCCUCAAUCAAUGCUUGUUUUCAUGUGAAUUGUUUUUACUUCUGGCCUUCGUUAACAUGUUGCUUACAAAAAAUUUGGAGAGUUCUACGUCCUAAUGGACGUCUUGUAACUACUUUUCAAAUAAAUCAAUUAAUUGAUUUACAUCAACGCGGAUGGUUUCAAUAUGGUAAUCCUGAUCCCUUAAUUUAUGUGAUGGCAUUAGAAACAUGUGGAUUUAAUCAAAUUGAAUGGUUAAAACAACAAACAAAAUUCAAUUUAAAUGAAACAUAUGAUUGUAUUAUCGCUCACAAACCACCCAUUCCAUUAUUAAGUGCUUCAAUCUCUUAG